CACCACCUCUCCAUUUCUCAGACUUCCGCGCGCUUUGACUGCAAAUUGGUUCAAGGCUGAGGUUUUUUGUUGGGGCCACGAUGGCUACGAAACCAGCGCCACGAUCCCCAACCAGGGGCCAAGUGCCAUCAAACGUGUUGGGAGCGACAGGCACCUAUCAGGAAACCCCGCAUGCUACUCUGUCACGACCACAUAGCCCACCAUUCUCUGCCUACCUUCAGCUCGUCGCUUUUACUGCCACCAUCACGGUUUCCGUUUCUAUCUCGGCUAGCCAAGGAUUUGCUACGGGAGGCAACUUCUUCGGUAUUCCUCUAACUAAUGAGACUGAUCCAACUAUAACGACCGCCGUUCGAGCCACCGCAGACGCGGCGUAUUGGCUUUCAUGGGCAGCAGCAGCAUCUUCGGUCUCGUUGAUGAUCGCACUCAUGUUACAGCUGAUGCAAACAGAUGAGAUGUUUCUGGAUGCUCUAGAAAGAAUAGAAGGAGGCCAGAGUCUGAACCUCCCAAGAGUAGUUGUGGGAUUUGGGAGCUGGGUUGCUCUCUUGUUGCAAGCAAGCGCAUUAGCCUUUAUAGGGCAAGCUCUGAGGGCAAUUAACAACAAGAGUGGGAGUAUGAUACAGUGGGCAUUACUUGCCGUGGGGACAAUUUUCGUGUUCUUUUACCUACACACCAUCAAGUUCUGGAAGACGUUCAAGAAGUUCAUUUCAGGAUUUCAGACUUGAAGCGGCAGGCUAUUCACAUGGUGCGAGACUCGAGAGGACGGGAUACCAAUUACUCUCGUUUGAUAUCUUAGUCAAGAAUCAGCAAAAGACUUAAGCAAGGCCCUACAGGGAGAAGGCGACGCUGAGCAAGAUAUGGAGAGUCUCAACUACAUU